UUGUGUUCUUGUUAUUUUUUUGUGGGGGUCAGUAUUCAGCUUCAUUUGGGUUCCAGGUGUCCACAUGGUAACCAAGGAAAUAUGUAAAACUAUGAGGAGGGUGGGACAGAGAGAGAGAGAGAGAGAGAGAGAGAGAGAGAGAGAGAGAGAGAGAGAGAGAGAGAGCGUGUCGGUAUUGGUACCUGGUUGCCCUUGUAUCGCUGAUGCUUAUCGGAUCACUCCAUCUUCAUAAAGCUGUCCAUUACCAUGCAGCGUCAGGCCACAGCCAUGAAGACCGAGGAAGCUGCUGUCUAUUGAGAGGAAGAGCCGGAGUUGCAAGUGGGAGCUUUUGUCUGCAUUGCAAUCUGUUCAGAGAUGAGGGAACGCGGUGUUUUACAGGAUAGACGGCGGUGUUGAUGAUGAGGAGCUUGAGACGUACAGUAGGUACCACCAGUUGGACCUGUUUUUACAGGAGUGCAGGAGGAAGACACAGCGAGAGAGAGACAGACAGCACCAGAAUGACAUUGUGGAGGUGAAAAACCUCUCAGGUCGCCCCCAGCAGCACUCACCUGGGAGCUGAUGUGUGAAGUUGGGGGUUGUGUGUGUACGUGUGUGUGUGUGUUGAAGCAGGUGAUGGAGUUUAGCGGGGUGUGUUCAGGGUUCAAAGAGCAACCCUCGGAGCGCAUCACGUCUUAUUCUAACGAACGGGAAGGAUGGGGCGUACCUGCUGUUUGAUUGGCUCCCGAUCUGGCUGCCAAGGCAACCCCUCACCCAUCCUACCUCCCUCCUGUCCCCCCACGCCCCCCACCCCCCCGGUUCCACAGCUAGGCUCACAGAUGAGUCGCGCUCAGACAGGCAGAAGCGUCCGUGCCAGGCGGAUGGUAGAGGCAGCCAAUCCUACAGAAUAUGAAUAUACAGAAGGCAGCAUACCGAUGGAGUGGGACGCUUGGAUCCGAGGCAGACGGAAGGAGCCCCCCUCCAUCGAGGAGCUGCUGAAGAAUGAGUCUUACAGGGAGCAGAUCAAACUGAAGGCCAAGGAAGUGGAUGAGAAAGAUCUGGCCCUACAGGCCAAGGAGUACGAGGACGGUCUGGUGGCGACUCCUGCAAAGAUUGCGGCUAAAGGCCAUGCAGCCUCCACCAGCUUUGGCAAGGAGGAGAUCAGCGAAGACCCCAGCAGCACCGCAAACACGUUCCAGCCCGGCUCCUGGAUGCCCAAGAAAUAGACUGAGACAUCCACACACACACUGAGGUCGCUGUACAACGUAAUACAAUCCAAUAGAAAAGCCCUGCAACUAUACAUGCUACCUAUGUGAAACUGAUGUUCACUUUUAGUUGAGACUUUGAAAUGUAAUGUUGGAAGCACCUUUCAGUAUAAUGCAAUCUUAAGUCAACAACACCACAAACUAGGAGCUCAGAAAUUACCAAGAGUUUAAUAAACUUCUCUCCGUUUCAUGGAGGAAGUAUUUAUUUCAAGGCUCUUUUAUUGGAUUGGAUUACAUUAUGAGUUUCUAUUUUUGUAGUCCCUCUGUGUAUAUUGUAUAUAAACAAGACAAUAAGCAUCACUCAUCUUAAAGCUGACUAUAAGUGACCACAGUGAUUUAAUGUAGCUGAAAGGUCUGCUAAUAAAGUAAAGAAAAAACGGA